AGGUUAAAGCUCAAUAUGUGAUCAAUAUUGAGAUGUUUACACACAGUAAGAGUUAAAAAGUAUUAUAAUGAGAAGAAUUCGAAGGUAUUGCAAGGAUUAUUGCGAACACUCUAGCAUAACUGGUUUCAAUUAUGUGGCCGAAGAAAGAUCGAAAACAGAACGAAUAAUAUGGCUGAUAUUAAUUGCUGUAGCAUUGGCGUUAUCGAUCUAUUUUAUAAAGGAACAAUACAACAAAUAUGAGGAAAAUCCAUUUAUUGUAAGCUUUGCCACAAGAGAUACAUCUAUAUAUGAAAUACCGUUUCCAGCCGUCACAAUAUGUCCUUUUUCAAAGUCCAAUCGUAGUAUAUUCAACUAUACCAAUGUUGUUCAUAGGCUGUGGGAUAAUUUGACAAUAUCCAGAUAUGAGAUGGAAACGGCUCAAUAUAUGUCUUUAUUAUGCAGUGAAGGUCUGAUAGAUGAUCACCAGUUUCCAACAAAUUAUACAUUUACUGAGAACUUUUAUAAUAGACUUGACGAAUUAGAUACUACUGGCGAGUUAAUAAAAUCGUUUUUGUGUAUUUAUAUGGGCACCAUUCAAAAUUGUUCCGAGAUUUUUUCACCUAUAAUAUUAGAUGGAGGAGUUUGUUUUACUUUUAAUAUGCUAAACAGAGAUGAAAUAUAUAAACCUGACAUCUAUCAUUUUCAAUUCUAUCAUUCAUUACAACCUACAAGUGAUUGGACGAAUGAUGAAGGAUAUCGGCCAGAUAGUGGCAAAGACGUAUAUCCAAGAAGAGCUUUACAAUCAGGAGUGGACAAUGCUUUAAAUUUAAUAUUUAUUGAAAUGUCCCAAGAUACAGAUUAUUUAUGUUUUGAAGAUGUUGGAUACACUAUUACUGUACAUGCUCCGAACGCAGUUCCACAAACACGUAAAGACUUUUUUAUAUUGCCCUUGGAUACUUCCUUUCAUAUAAUGCUUCAACCGGAACUAAUAACAACAUCUAAAGUGGUAAAAGCAUACAAAACCGAAGAUAGAAAAUGUUACUUUUCUGAAGAGAGAAAACUAAAAUAUUUUGUUGCAUAUACUCAACAGAAUUGCUUCAUGGAAUGUGCAACUAACUAUAACGUUGGAUAAGUGUUUGUGUGUUAAUUUUUUUAUGCCACAUGACAACACCACAGAAAUAUGCGGCAAUUCCAAACUUAAUUGUCUUUUAGAAGCAGAACGAGAAAUUAAAAUUUUGGAAAUUAAUACUGAUCCAAAGGGUUUCAAUACCCACUGCCAUUGCUUACCUCUAUGUACCCAGCUGCACUACCAAGCAACUACAUCAACGUAUAACUGGAAAUGGAAAGAAUAUUUUCUGGCAAAUAAAAAGUUAAAACGACAAUUUAACUACACAGAAAAUGAACUAAAUACAGUGCACUUCUCAUCUUUAAAAAUUUUCUUUAAAUCAGAGCAGUUUUUGUCGCACGAAAAAAAUGAAUUGUAUGGUAUAUUCGAUUUUAUUUCGAAUUUUGGAGGUCUUCUAGGUCUAUUUACAGGAUUUUCUCUCCUGACAAUGGCAGAAGUUAUUUAUUAUCUUUCACUGAGGUUGUGGUGCAACAAAAGAUUGUACAAUGACGUCUCUGGACCAUCAGAUGAUUCUGAACCAAAAACUGAUAUGAACAAUUUACGAGAUUUAAUCGAAAUGGAAUAUUAAAUUUUUUGUGCUAUUUCUUGCAUUAUAAUAAACAUUUUUUAAG